AUGGCCGCGUUGGGUGGAGGAUGGGCGGACGCCUUGCGCAAGGCAGCGCAGGUCAAGACGGAGCAAUGGCCGCCUUUUGAAGCGGCGUCCCCCAAGACUGAGCGUAAAUGGCCGGCAACCGCUUUCCCGCUCACCAGCCCUUCAGGCUGCGCCGCUUCCGCGGCUUCCGCGUCACCCGCGCAGCCUCCGCACGCACUUGGGGCGAAAACCGCUCCUGCCAAGGGGCACGAUUUUCCGCCUUCCGCCAAGCACUCGCCGCCCGCUUCCCCAAAUACUCCCCCGAUUCCCCGCGGCGGUGCUCACGCCGGCGUGCUUCCAGCACGCGGAAAGGCGGCGGCGCAGGCCGGACGUUCCGCCAUGCCCGCGCCGUCGGCGCAGGAGAUGCGCGCACUUGAGGAGGCGAACGCGCUGCUGACUGCUCUCUUCGGGCCGGGCGCAGAUCUCGCUGCGGUUAACGAAAGUCGUCGGAAUCCGUCAGAGAAACGGUUUUCGUCGGCUGGCGGCGCUGAGCCGUCGCCACGACCGGCAAAACCCGACGAGAAGCCCGCGAAGCCGCAAAACGAGCAGCGCAGUCAGUCCAGGGUCCCCGCGAGCCCGCGCCCGCCUCCCGCGCAAAGACGCUCCGCGGGCGGCGCGGCGAAGAGGAAUUCCGCGCUCGGCGCACAGUCGCCGAGAGUAACGGCUCUUUCGAUUCGCCCGGCUGAUGCGCCGUUUUCUGCUGCGGAACUGCCAGCGCCGUCAAGUUUCUACGCCGGUCUCCCUUCCAGCGACGCCGGUAGCGCAAAAGGCGGCGAAUCUCCGGUUGUUGCGCUGUUCGAGGGGGAGACGACGUUCCCCGCGAUCAUGGCGGAGCUGUGGGCGCUCCAAGGCGGGCGCAGGGCGGACGGCGCAAAGGCGGCGGGUGCAGGCACGGAGAAGCGCGGUGAGCGGCGCCAAGCCGUGAAGAAGGGGGAGCGGGCGGGGGAAACGGCGGCGCAAGGGGCAGGCGCAACGUUGGCGCGGGGUCAGGGACAGGCGGAAGCGAACGGGCAGGUGGAUGGCUCGCAAGCGGGCAGCCCGCGGGAACCUGAGCGUGCGCGUUCUCCCGAAUUGCGCCCGCUUAAGGGGAGCGGAGCGGACGGUUGCGCGUCGCGCGGCGCGGGGCUGGCUUCACCCUCAAAUGAGGCGGAGACAUUUGGCGUUGAACGCGCGCCGGACGCCAAUGCCACGUCACCAGUUGAAGCGGAAGCAACGGCGCUGCUCGAUAUGGUCACAAAGCUUCUAUCCUCCGACCAGAAUGUGACUGUAAACGGGGCUCCUCCUCUAUCCGACUAUGCGGCUCUCCCCCCUCCCUCCCUCCCCUCCCCGCUUCAUCUUCAACCCCCCGCCACACACGCCGCCGCGCAUGCUCCUCAUCCUCCCUCACACCCUGCUUUUGCCGCUGCCGCUGCCAUCCCUGCUGCAAGCCCUGGGUUUGAGACUGCUGUUAUGGAUGAUAUGGCCUAUGUGGGCAGUGCAGGUGGUAUGGGUGCUAUGGCUCCUCCCACUCCGGCAGCAGCUGCGCCUGCUCCAGUAGCAUCUUCCCCAGUAACACCUUCCCCAGUCACCACCUACCCUCCCCACCCCACAUGCUUCGCCCGCUCCCCAUCCACCCUCUCCCUCGCCCUCGCCCCCGUUCACGCCUCCGCUUCUUUCUCAGCCUCGGCAUCUGCCUUCGGACCUGGUUCAAGCUCGGCGUCAGGCUCGGCGGCUGCUUCUGCAAGCGACUUCACAUGGGCUGCCGGACCUUCGGUCGCACCGGAUUCCUCGCCAGCCGGUGCUCAACGCGCCGCAGAUUUCACUCUUGAUUUUCCACUGCCGGUUCAUGCGGACUCUUGUCUCAAUGCUGCAGCAGCCAUCACAGAGCUACCCCUCUUCCCAGCGUCGGCAGCGGCUCGAGAAGCAGCCGCUGCAAUCUCAAGCCUCGGAACGGAGGGCAUUUCUAACGUUUGCACCUCACCGCGCGUACGAUCUGCCAACUCUUCAUUCAGCAUGUCUGGGCGGUCGAAUAAGAGAGGCCGGGAUGAAGGGAGUGUGAGUGUUGGAGAUUCGGAUGGCAGUUUAGGGGGGUUGCUGCUGGGUUUGGGGGAGUUGAGGGAGACGGGUGCUCCUGUGAGUAAGGCUGCGAGGCUGAUUCGGGAGCAGUGGGCUCGUAAGAGGGGACUGCCUCCAUUGUCCAUUCCCCCGCCGUUGGAUUUGCCAUCGCCCGAUCAUUCCCCUCCUGCGGACAUGAAACCGCAUGCCAAUAAUGAGUACAACAAGGAGAUGGGAGAGUUAAAAACUCUCGUGACGAAGGCUUUAGAGAAGAAGGGUGUAUUGGCUCGACUCAAGGCGGAGCUGCGAGCGAGCAUAUUCGAGGUGAUAGACGACAAGGACAAGACGGCGAGCGGCGACGAGCAACGCGCCGUGAGAGGCGGGUGCAGCGAGCAGGCGAAGAACCUGCACGACUCCAAAACGGGUCAUCUGCUCACGGCGCUGCUGUGCGAGUACCUGGAGUGGGGGGAGAUGGACCAUACCCUUAAAGUGUACCUCUCGGAGUGUAACCUGCCGCCGGUAUACCCGCGCCGACCAAAGCUAGAGGACGAACUCGGCCUGCCGUCGUCCAAUGCCAUCAUGACACCUGGCGGUGCCACACGGCCGCUCCUGCACGAGCUGAUCGACGCAUACUUCACUCUCAAGGCGCAGGUCAAGUCAGGCGCCACAGGCACAUCGUCAUCAUCGGGGGGUGGGCUGCUCUCUCGCGCCACUGCCCGCAGCUCGAGCCCCUCUGAGAUCCCUAAGAAGCACAUCGCCCCUCACUUGUGGCUUCAGCAGUGCGUUCAGCUUGUGGACCCUCUUAUGUUAUCUCUUCUCUUCUUCCUACCCUUCUUUUUCACCCCUCACCAGCCGGACAGAGAUCUCCCAGGAGCACCUCACCCCUCACCCGUGGCUUCAGCAGUGCAUUUGGCCGCAGCAGCAGUGGCGGGGGCGAGCGCGAGCGGUCCUCCUCAGGCAGCCGGCGCAGCAGUAGCGGCGGCAGGGCAGUGCCUGAGCCGGCGUCGAGAGGCGAGAGCGACACUGAGAGGGGCGGCGGCGGGGGCGCGUUUUCCAAGCUGCCGAUUUCGUUGCUACGUGACAUCCCAUCAUCGCGGGAUAGAUAUUAGCUAG